UUCUUCCUCCAUGGUAACAGUGAGCAGUGCUGGUAAUGGUUCCAUCCUGUUUCCUGGAGUCAACCCUUCUUUAGGCUACCUCUUCCAACUACAUUAGGGGUAGGCAGCACACAGUCUGUACCUGUAGGCUUACACCUGCAUGUAGAGAGUACAGCCAAUAGGCAAGGAGCAGCUGCUGAAGACCGGCGUUAUGAGGCCUUAUUGCCCUCUCCCUUGGGCGUCCUGUGGCCCUCAGAAAUCAUACUGCACACAAUGCCAGCCAGCCAUCCCUGGGCCCUGGGGGCUUGCUCACGUCUCUGAAGACUGUGAACAGUUCUAACUGUGAGUGAUGGGAAUGACCUGUUCCUGUUUUUUUGUUUUGGUGUGCAUUAUCCCCUGGGUUUUUACACAGAGAUAAUUAUUGCAGACAUGCAGAACUAUGAGUACCUUUUAUAUCAUGAUCUGUUGCUGGUUUCUAUAAACCUCACAGCUCAGAUGUAAUCAGCUCCAGCUGCAGCCCCUUUUAGAAUCCCAAUCAGAGGGCUAGACUGAAAAUGAGCUGUAAUAAAGCAUUGCCUGGGUUUGUGCUGAAACAAUGAUUCUAUACAGGGACUCUAGGAUCCAAACAUCUCUUUAUGACACAGGCCUACAGGUUGCAAGCAGAUCAGAAAGGCCUCUUUUUAAUGUGCUUUAGAGUAGACAUUUUUAAAGGUUUUCCCAUCCGGGCGUAGGGGCUGUUACACACUAACAGAGAGGGCAUUCUCGCUCUCCAUAGAAAUCCAACUUCAUGAUCCUAGCUCAACAAUUGGCUAAACGGAUUGCAUUGUUUUGAGUGGUUGGGUUAUGCCAAAACAAAGUCAUGCCUACAGUCCUUGCUGGGAACACUGUGCCUUGCAGUUGGAGUCUAAGGAAACUCUCUUCAUUCCAUGCCAUUAGAGGACACCCCUGAUUAUUUCGGGGCACACAAGACCUACCGAGUCCCCAUCUUUUUGGGCUGUCUGAAUGAUCUUCAAUAUGGCAGUCUGUCUAUUUGGGGUCCACUAAAUCAUGAAAGGCAAAAUGUACCCCAUUAUUUGACAAUAGCAAUUGGCUCCCAGUCUGUUAUUGUACAUUUGUGAAGAUAGAUGUUAUAAAAAUGCAAACCAUCUCUCUUUGGGACAAGACACAAGUCAGAAGCCGGGUACAAAACCAUUUCUGUACUGCUCACAAAAUCAUUGUUUGAGAUUCAAAAAUGUGAAGUAAUUCAGUGAUAUCUCUUUGCAAAAUUCCAGAAAUAUUACUAACUGUUUACUUAUGUGUUUUGCAGCUAUUUUGCUUAACCAGUUACUGCCACACCAUUAGUUCAAGUAGUAUCUUCUGACACCAUGCAUCAGUCUGUGUAAGGCUAAAUAGUACAUCUCGUACACUACAGUACUUGCACAUAAGGAAUCCAGAAAAUCUAGUAUGUUUGCAACUGUAGGCCUAAAUGUUAAUUAACCCAAUAUCAUAUUCAAAGCAAGAGGAAAAAAUAUAAAACAAAACACCUUUUUCUGGUUAAAUCUGUCACAACCUGAACGUUCAAAAUGCAAUUCACUUUAGCUCUUUUUACUCUGCCCCUUACCAAAGUGCCCCGGUUUAGAGUGAGUUUCAGUAGAACCAGAAGUCUGUUGCCUUCGGACAUCAGUGCUUCAAUGCAGCCAAUGCAGCCCUCAGACAAGGCGGGACAUACUGACUGUAGCUGGAGGAAGGAAGUUCCCUCUGAAGCAGGGAGUGUCUGCAUAUAAAAUGGUCUGCAGUUCUCUGCUUCAUAGAUGCCACCACCGUCUCCUCUUCUAUGACCAUGGGAGGCCCUCGCAGUGCUUUUCCCACCUCUUCCAGCUCCAUCGUGCACUCCACUACUUCAGCCACCGACCAGACCUCUGCUCACACCAGCAUCGCUGCUCCAGACGAAGGUGUAAGUAGCAGAGCGGUGGCGGAGAUGCUUGGCGCUGAGGGCGGGACUGGCAACAGUGGGAGUGCUGGUGGCGGAAGGGCUGGCGGCGAGAAAGGAGGAGGGGCCGGAUCCCUAGGUGGAGGAGGAAGAGGGGGGGCAUCCCAGGAGGCCCAGCAGCACCACCAGAUGACCCCCUCCAAGCGGCGCACGGUGCUGAACAUCUCGCCUCCGCCCGAGGACCUGUUUGACGACAGCCGCAUGUCCUGCCAGGAGGAUCAGCUCCAGGACUCCGAGCAGAGCAACAGCAUCUGGAUGGAUGACUCCGCCUCCAACUUCAGCAUCGUCAGCUCCAGCUCCUACAACGACAACACAGAGGUGCCCCGGAAGUCGCGCAAGCGCACCCCCCGCCAGCGACCCGGGCCCAAGCCUGCCUCGGCCGAGGAGGCCAGCAUGGACGUGUUUGAUGCAGACAGUGCCAAAGGGCCUCACUUUGUGCUCUCACAGCUGGGCUCAGACAGCAAGGCCUGUACCAAAGGAAGUUCGGCAGAUGGCUCCCAAACAACCCAUCAGAAAUGUGGGACCCUAGCGAGCCAGUUCCCUCAGAAGAGUGAGUGCAAGGAGCUGAAGAUCCUGGUCCAGCCUGAGACCCAGCACAGAGCCCGCUACCUGACUGAGGGCAGCAGGGGGUCAGUGAAGGACCGCACUCAGCAGGGCUUCCCUACCCUAAAGCUGGAGGGUGUGAAUGAGGCAGUGGUGCUGCAGGUGUUUGUGGGUAAUGAUGCUGGGCGUGUGAAGCCACAUGGGUUCUACCAGGCCUGCAGGGUGACGGGGCGCAACACUACAGCCUGCAAGGAGGUGGACAUUGAGGGCACCACUGUCAUUGAAGUGUCCCUGGACCCCAGCAAUAAUAUGACCCUGGCGGUGGACUGCGUGGGGAUCCUGAAGCUGCGUAACGCUGAUGUGGAAGCUCGUAUCGGGGUGGCCGGCUCCAAAAAGAAGAGCACACGUGCCAGGCUGGUGUUUCGGGUCAACAUCUCCAGGCCGGACGGCUCGGUGCUCACGUUACAGACACCGUCGUCCCCCAUCCUGUGCACCCAGCCUGCAGGGGUGCCUGAGAUUCUGAAGAAGUCCCUCCACAGUUGCUCGGUGAGGGGGGGUGGGGAGGUCUUCAUCAUUGGGAAGAACUUCCUCAAGGAUACCAAAGUCAUAUUCCAGGAAAAUGUAUCAGAUGAGAAGUGUUGGAAGGCAGAGGCUGAAAUUGACAUGGAGCUGUUUCACCAGAAUCACUUGAUUGUGAAGGUUCCUCCUUACCAGAACCCAGCCAUCGCGUCUGCAGUGUGUGUGGGAAUCUACGUGGUGACCAAUGCUGGCCGAUCCCACGACGUGCAGCCUUUUACAUACACUCCAGAACCAGUGGACAUAUCUGUGAAGAAAGAAGUUCCAUCUCCAGGCAAGCCCUGCCCUUUUGAUCAACGGAUGAAAGUAAUUGAUGGUGCCUUGAUGCCCCCAAUGUUGCCUCUUGUGAAGAGAGAAGAGAUCACUCCAAUGGAGGUCUCCAGCAACCUCCCUUCUGCUGGCAUUUUCAAGCGGACCCCCGAUGUCAUGUGUUCCGCCCAGCAGACGCUGGACAUGAGUUCCAACCUUCCCCCCAACAACAGCCCGUACUCCAACUCCUUGCCGCGGCCUGCCAAGGACCCUGCCGAAUCCCAAACAGCAGUCUUCAACAGUGCAGACGCCCUGAGCACCAUACAGAAGCAGGACAUCGCUCUCACCAACUCCUUCCCCGUGCCUGCGCCUGCAGACUCUCUACUCCAACCUGGGCCUCAGCAGUUCCUCCUGGAGCCCAGAGAGGGGCAUGGUCAGGACAGGGCUGGCAACAAUGCUGGGGCGGUAGGGAGGCUCAGUCAACAAGUGGAGGCCCCUCAACCUGCUCCCCAGCAGCACCAGCUGCCCAUAUUCCCCCCAGACGAUGUGGCCCAACUGGAACAAGCAGUGAGACAACUGCAGGCAAAAGGGUACUGCAGCCAGCAGCAACAGCGACAACAGCAACAGAUUCAACAACAACAAAUUCAGCAACAACAGCAACUACAGCAACAGCAACUACAGCAACAGCAACAGGUUCAGCAGCAACAGGUUCAGCAGCAACAGGUUCAGCAGCAACAGGUUCAGCAGCAACAGGUUCAGCAGCAACAGGUUCAGCAGCAACAGAUUCAGCAGCAACAAAUUCAACACCAACAGAUUCAGCAGCAACAAAUUCAACACCAACAACAGCAACAGCAUGUGUUGGAGAACCUGCGGCAGGAGCUGUUUAAAUCACAGAUGCCAAUGCAGUGUGGCAUAUUUCAGGGCGGUUCUCUAGGUGAGAACGCUGAACAGCAGGGUUCCCAGCAGGGCAUGGUGCAGAACCAUGGUUCCCUCUUUCAGCAGGCCCAACAGCAGCAGAGGCAACAACAGAAACAGCAGCAGCAAGCAGCACUCUUUCAGCAAGCCAAUGAGCUCCUCUCCAUUCAGACCAACUUUCUCCAUCAGACCCCUUCUCAUCCCUCUCCACCCCUCUUCCAUAACCCCAGCCCCCUGGCUGAGGCACAGGACCCACAGGGGGCGCUGUUCCACACUCAGAAGGCCUCUCCCAUCCAGGAGCAGGUCCAGGCAACCCUCUUCCAGAACACCCUGACAGUGUUGAGUAGGACCAGCCUCUCCCCAGAGCAGCCCCCCUCUGCCGCCAACCUGUUCCUCCCCCAGAGUGCCCUGCCUGGUCAGCUCUCCUCUAGCGGCAGCCAGCAGCAGCAGCUGGCCUUCCUCAGUGCCCUGCAGACCUCUGCCCCUGAGCCCCAGUCAGUGUUCCAGGCUCAGACCCAGCUUUCUCCUAUCCAGCAGGGGACCCCCAUGGAGCAGCAGCAGCCCUCCCAGCCUCAGCCACCUCAGCAGACCUCUAUGUUUCAGAACAUCUCCCCUCAUCCACCUGCAAACACUCUCUCUCAGACCCAGCAGCAGCAGGCUGGCCUACUGUUCUGCAGCAAACACCUCUCCACUCCAGAGCAGCCCCCCAGUUUGCUGUUCAGUGGCCAGGGCCAGAUGCCCCCCAUGAGCAGCAGCCUGAACUCUCCCCAAAACCCCUCCAUGCUGUUCUCUCAGGCCAGCAUGGUGACUGUUAGCCAACAGGAAUCCUCUGAGCCCAUGGCCUUCCAGGACCAGAGCCAGGUGGUGGGGAACCCCUCAGAGCCUCGCCAUCACGGCCUGUUCCAAGAGCAGCAGCCCAUGCAGCUGAUCACCAGCUCCAACAACGGCCCAGAGCAGCCCGUCUCUCUCUUCAUGCCCCAAUCCAACAUGUCUGCCCUGCAGGGUUGCAUGGCUGCCCGGGAACUCCCGCAGACAGGCAUCUUCAGCACUCAGAAUGGGGUGGCAGGCUUGCAGACCACCACCUCCUCCCCCGUACAGCAGCCAGGGUCUCUGUUCCAGACAGCAGUCAGUGGGAGCCUCAACCAGCCCAGCGAGGCCCAGCAGCCAGGCCUCUUCCUCUUUGGGAUUCAGAAUGAGUGUGGCCAGCUGAUAACCUCUCCUGGAACCACUCUGUCUGAUCAGAUCAUUGCCAUCAGUCAGUCUGGUCAGAACCAGAGAGAGAGCGAGGCCCAGAUCCAGUCGCUGCUCAACCAGUCCAUGUCUGAGUCAGGGAGCAUGCAGAACAGCAUGACCGCCUCCCAGAACAUGGAGAAGAUAGAUGACCUGCUUGUCAGCCUGCAGGAGCAGGGCAACAACCUCACUCGCUCCUACUAGGCCUGCUAUAGGUUUCAGGAGCCCAGAAGACCCCCAGUGUGGACCCCCAUUACAGACGGCAGAAGACCCCGGUGUGGACCCCCAUUACAGACGGCAUAAGAAUGAAAACAAACUCAAUGGUGGGCUCCUGUCCGAACUCCAAGUUACAUGUAAGCCUCAGCGGCCUUUUUCUCCAAGGACAGUCUUCAUGUGUAGAUGCUCCACACAUGAAGUCCUCCACUGCAUCUAAACCUGGACCUCAAAAUAGGACAUAGGUUGUAGUUACCCCACAACUGUCAUUGUAUCUCGCAGCUAGUCGCCUCCAGCUCUUAAUGAAACAUGACACUAUGUAAUGUUUGGCUAACUCCUCAGUUCUCAGAGCAGCACUUUGCGGUGUGGUUUUAUAAGGAUGGUGGUGGAAGCUAGCACAGCAUUCUGUCUUCUCCAGGACCAGAGUGUGGGCUCACAAUUGUUUAUAACGCAUUGUUGUCCUUUUUAUACGAUAUUAAAAGUAUUUUAGGAAAUAGCAAAAGAAAAUUUACAAUUCAUGAAAAAUAAACCUUUGUAAUAUAUUUUGACUUUAGUUCUUUCAGCACUUUACGAUGCUUUCCUUUUGUGGCCAGUUACUCAUUAAGUUGGCCUAUGCAUUCGCUAGUCAGCUAUUUAGUCAGUACAUCUCGACAACUUUAUUACUCAUGCAUGUGUUUUGAGUUAUGGCUUUAGUUUUUUAUUGUUCCUUUCAUGAAAUACCAGUUUCUUAUUGGCAGCCAUCUUCCCAUUACCCAUUCAUGAGAAUAACUCCAACUAUUGGAGUAUUACACCAUGGAUUUCUUUCCCUGAUUAGACUCUGUAGUACGAGAGAUGCUCUAGAUUAGGGUCAAUGUGGAUCAAGAGAAAAAAAUCAUCCAGCCUUUAAAUGAAGAAUUUCCAGUCUACAUAAUUAAAUAGGCCUACAUUUUGAAUAAAACAGAACCAUAUAUGUGUACUAUAUACCAGUGUGCAUGGUUGUCUAAUGUAAUUAAAGAGUAUAUUGUUAUUUGUAUCAUUCUAUCGCAAAUGUAGAUAAUGUGUUGUUUUGUAAUGAUGUCUCCAUGGAAGAUGUUUGUAUUAGCUCACGUCUGGCACGCACAAACUGGACUUUUAUCCAUAGAUCAGAGAGGAGUUUUCCGUAUGUUUGUCUUACUGUAAAAUACCAACUCUCUUGCCUACAGUGGGCCACCCCAGGACCUGAGUCAAGGCCUCAAGUCACAGCCUCCUUUUUCGUCUUCAUGAAUGGCCAGUUUUAUGGCUCAUAUUGAUUGGUGUGUUCAUAUUUGUCAUUUGAGACUCGCCAUGUUUUGACAGGAAGAAAGUGGUGAAAGUGACUGGAUCUGUUUUGCCUUGAGCAUGAAUGGUUGUUUGUAGUUGGAUUAUUAGUAUCAGGCGUGAUAUACAGAUGUAUGAUCUUAAUUUGAUCACUCUUUUGUUGCUGAGAAUUUUCCUGCACUGGAAGAAAAACAUUUUUUAUUAUUAUUUGUAUUUUAUAAUUUUUGUAUAUAUUUUUGGUAUACUUUGUACCCCGAAUUUCAUGAUAUCCAAUUGGUAGUUAGUCUUGUACCAUCGCUGCAACUCUGCAACUGCAACACGACUCUGCCAAGCCGCUCUGCUUCUUGACGCACAGCUCGCUUGUGUGUCAAAUUUCGACUUUGACAUUUCAGACUUGAUUUACCCUAAUGAAAAAUGUAUCAACCUCUACAAAAAUGUCCAUUAAUUAUAAUCCACAGAAUAAUUCACAUUUCCUUUUGCAGCAGGAUUAUUUUUCUGCUUUAGCAAACUGGCUCAAAUUAAGACCCUACACCUGUACUGCUGCCAAACUGGUUUGUGCUUUUAUUCUUUACAUGUGAGUAUUGGGCUGGAGUGGAGCCAACAGUAAGAUUGUGUCUUGUUUUUUGUCUGAAUCUGAGUAUACACAUGAACAAGGUGCUGGUCUCUGAUGACAACAAUAACAGCUUCGUUGAGUGCCUCCAUCUUUCUCUCUUAGUGUUGUAUUUUAUUGUGUGUUCUUAACAUCAUUACCUUUUUUUCACUUUAAAAACAAGCAGAUUUUUUAAAUGGAGAGUAUUUAAAUAAUUUUUAGUAAUGUGAUUGGUGGGGCCCCAUAUUCCCCAUCCCAGAGCUUGAGCUGUGUUCUUUUAGAUAUUUAAAGGGACCGUUAAGUUGCUUUGGAGAAAAGAGCUGUCUGUGAUUGGCCUUCUUCAACUCUUGUGAAAUACUAGUAGUUUUGUUUCCAGUAGUCGUGAGUAUUUGUGAAUUUUUAUCAUAUUUACAAAUAUUUUAUCAUAUCUUUUUUACUGGUGUAGUUCUAAUACAUCUUUUCAGAAAUCAUAUCUAAUUUAUUUGGUAUUUCUUGUUUUAGAUAUUGUCUAAAUUGUGUCCCACAAUCAUAUUUGUGCUACAAAUGACUUGAUGUACAAGUUUGGUUCUGAUUUAACUCCGUAAUUGUAUUAAUAUUAGUUAUGUGGAUUUGGCCCUUCCCCACCUGUUGAAACUGUAGUUGGCUGUGGUCUUGUGUGACAUAUCUGUCAGUGAAGCUUUUCUUCUCCUUGUAGAUGCGAGGACAGGAAUACAACUUUAUGAUUGAGGGAGUUAAAAUGUAACAUGUACACUGAGUCACAUGCACAUUCCUGUGCAUUGUUUUCUUCCCUUAGAUAGAUUUCUGUUCAUAUGCCAGGUUGAGAUCAAUUGUACAGUAUGUUUGUCCAAAUCUGAUUUAAAGUCAAACCCUUGUGUUAUCAUCCAUGAAACAUUGAACCAUUGAACCUGUACUGUCACAUCUACAACUUAUUUCACCUCUUGAAUAAGGAAAGAGCAGGAAGUUAUUGGACAACUAUGCCAGUUAUAAAGCCAUACAGACAGUUUAAAACAGCAUCUAUUAAAUAUUUGUUAAUAGGGUUUACAAAAAACUCCAAACGCAGAAUGUGUUUGUUACCUCAACCCGAGCAGGUUGCUAAUCAGGCCACCUUACUCAACAUUGGACCAAUUUCAAUGAUAAAGUACAUUCUUUAUAUAUAGUAUACAUACAAUAUUUUGUUAGCAACAUGUUAAUGUUUUGUGUUAUGAAUACACAAUAAGAUUAUUGUUAUUUUCAAGCAUAAGGAUAUUGAGGAAAGAAAUACCUAUUUUCAAAUGUAACCCAUGAAUAUCCCAUGUAGUAUGUAUGACCUUUGACAAAAUAGGAGGCCUAUUUGUCAAGUAGGCUACAUGUUUUACAUUGAUGACGACAUGAGUCUUUGUAAUUGAGUGGCGCUGUACUUUAUUGUGCCAGUAAAGGUUUAAUUUAUUGAAGACCUAAAAAUGAACGACUUUUCCUACUCAACCAAUGACUACAAAAAUGCAGGGGUCACCUUGAAAGUUCAUCUAUAUUUUUACCAUAUUUGCACCCAGACUAACCAAUGAUUUAUGACAUCACAGUGUACAGCAAAUAUAUUUUAGAAGUAUUGCUCAGUACAUUGGAUGAUAUACUUGUGCCUUGACAAACUUUUAUAGUAGAGACCAGAUUUAUCUUGUACCAGUGUUGCCUGAUUUAUUCACCGCUGUGACACUUGUCAGUGGUUAUUAGCCCUUGAUUACUAGUAUCUUGCAAGCCAUACAACUUGUGUGCUUCUAAUGCCGUACAGAAAUGAGUGACCAGAUAAAUGUAUAGUGUUGUGCAAUUUGUUGUGCAUCUGAUUUAUUUUCACGAAAAUAUGAAUUGCCUUUGUUUAACGUCGUUGCAAUUGAAGUUUUGUCUCAAACUGCUAUGCAGCUUGAUUCAAUAUAAAUGUAUAUCUGUUACUUUUUUAAUAUAUAUUUUAUCUAUCUAGCCUCUCUUGAUUGUUCAUUGCAAAGGGGAAACUAUAACGAAAUAUUGUAAUUAUGUGAAUUAUUUAUGUAACUUUUUGAAAUAGUAUUGAUACUGUGUGCCACCGGGAUUUGUUUUUAUUUUUAUGAUUGGGCUUAUGUCAGUCAAGACCAACACAAAUUUCACCUAAUUCAAACAAACUUGUCAUUCAGAAUUUUCAUCAUGGUUGUUUUGUUUUUAUUGUAAAUGUAAUCUGUUAGUCUGUUCACACACUGUUCUGUUUGUGUCCCCUUAACCUGUCUGGCUUUGGUUUGAUGUGAAAGUCUGCUUUAUUUCCAUUAGGUUUUUUUCUGGUGAUCAGUAAUGAACCUGUUGAUAGCAUUGACAGGUUCUAGGUAUGGGGAGUGCAUAUCACCUAUGUGUUUUUACCUACCAUGUGAACAACUGUUAAAUAUUACCUUUAAAAAAAAUGAAUCUAUAUAAAAAUGUAUUUUUGCUUUUGUUGGGGCAUUUGUAUACUCUUGCAAUUAUAUUUAUGUAAACCUGCUGGUAUCUAUAUAUUAAUAAAGAUAGAUGAUACGUU